AAACAAAUGAGACCACAACUGCCUGAAACGUCUUUCGACAAUUUACUUACAAUUCAACGGGUUAAACCACAUGAACAAGGAGGUAAAUUAUGAACAAAUAUUGAAAACCUUCGAACAGAAAUUACCCAAUUCACCUGCGGCGAACAACGAAGUGACGGUGAUUGCGUCAUCAAGCCGCGCCGCUGUGUGUUGUUGUGUUUGUCAAAGCAAGUUCUCAGCGAAGGGAGCAACGGAAGACUCAACUUUUUGGAUUAAAAGAGUGCAGGUGCUGCAGAACUGAAUGAAGUGCUGCCCCCUGCUGGACAGUAAAGUGCUGCUGCUGCUUCCAGGAUGGGACAGCAAAUCUCAGGUCAGAUAAACCAUCUGCCUGAGAAGCUGGUGAAACAUGCUGGACUGGUCCGAGAGAGCGGCUACCUGACCUAUGAGGAGUUCCUGGGCAGAGUGGCUGAGCUUAAUGACGUGACGGCCAAGCUGGCUGCCGGCCAGCAGAAGCACCUUCUGUUUGAAGUCCAGCCCGGUUCUGAUGCUUCGGCCUUAUGGAAGGUGGCCGUUCGGAUCGUCUGCACCAAGAUAAACAAGGAGAGCGGAGUGGUGGAGGCGUCUCGCAUCAUGAACCUGUAUCAGUUCAUCCAGCUGUACCGGGACAUCACCAGCCAGGCGGCUGAGGUUCUGUCAGCAGAGGGCGCCGUCAGGGGCUCGUCCGCCCAGCUGCCCUCCACCGACUCCUGCCAGGCCAGCAUGUGGAUGGGGAGGGUGAAGCAGCUGACCGACCAGGAGGAGUGCUGCAUCUGCAUGGACGGAAAGGCCGACCUCAUCCUGCCCUGCGCUCACAGCUUCUGUCAGAAAUGCAUCGACAAAUGGAGCGGCCGCAGCCGGAACUGUCCCAUCUGCCGGCUGCAGGUGACGGCUGCCAACGACUCCUGGGUGAUGUCCGACUUCCCCUCGGAGGACGAAGUGGUCAGCUACAUCCUGAACCUGGCCGAUGAGGCGGGCCACCCACACCAGCCUUAACACACUGCGCAGAGUAAGGGAGGCCUAGCCCUUCACCUAAUUAAACACACAGUGACACUUUGA